AGAAGAAGAAGAAGAAGAAAAAGAAGAAGAAAAAGCGAGAAGCGGAUACGACAAUUGAGAGAAAUGAGAUACACCCAAUAAGGCGUUAAUUCUCGCAGAGCUGUGGAUCGAAGCGUCGGGGUCUUGUUGGGUCUUCUGCUCACGCACAAUAGCUAAGUUUCUUCGCUUGGGUCACGGAAGGGCUGAAUAAAGACAGUAUGCUCGGAGCGGUGGUGGUUGGCAUCGGCAUAGCUGGACGGGUGAGGAUUAGAGACAUGUUGGCUCCACUGCCUGGCAGUCAUGCUGAGAAACUCGCUGUCAGAGGAUUCAUAUCCAGGAGAAGCCUGGACACUCACCAGGGAGUGAGUCAGAUAUCAGUAGAAGAGGCUGUGAGCAGACAAGACAUUCAUGUGGCGUUCAUCUGCACUGAAAAUGAAUCGCAUGCGGACAACAUCAGGACUUUUCUGCAGGCAGGUAAACAUGUUUGUGUCGAAUAUCCCAUGACCAUGAACUACAUGGCUGCUGUGGAGCUCUGGGAUUUUGCCCAGGAAAAAGGACUGAUUCUUCAUGAGGAACACAUCGAGCUACUGACAGAAGACUACAAAGAACUGAGGAGAGAGGUAGAGGGAAAAAUCCUGCAAGAAGGUGCACUUCAUUUUACUGGUGGAGCUCUGAAGCCCGGAUUUGGUUUUCCAGCAUUCACUGGCAUUGCUCGCCUCACCUGGUUGGUUGAGUUGUUUGGUGAGCUUUCAGUAACUGCAGCAACCAUUGAGGAGGACUCCGGUAACAGCUACAGCAAGAUGACUGCAAAACUGAAAACAUCUGAAAACAAACCUCUGAUGUGGAUUGAGGAACGGGGACCAGGCCUCCCCAGGUGCAGGAACAUCAACUUUCGCUUUGACUCCUGCACUCUGACCCAGAUCCCUUCCGCAUCCAAAGAGGCUGUGGGCCUUUUCAUGAAGGACCUGAUUCACUUCUCUGCCAAGCUGGCAGGCCAAGUGAGUUCCGAGGAGCUCCAGAAAGAGAAAAACAGGAUUCUACACUGCUUGAAGCUGGCUGAGAAGAUACAACAACUUUGCCAAAAUUAAAAGGGAACUCUCUAGUUUAUGAUAAUCAUAAAUCUUAAUCUUAUUCAAACAUUAAUUUCUAAUUAUUUUUCAUCAUCAUGCCCUUAAGGUUUUGUAUUGCGAAAUGUAAGAACUUAUUAUUUUAUCACACCAGAGGGAAUUACUGUUUGAAAGAUGAGUCAUUGAAUAAUAUAUAAUAAUACAUUCUAACAUGAUUAGCACAUAUUAAGACAUGGGCGCCUGAAAGUAGAAUAUUGUGGCUACUGGAAAGAUCAUAUAGAACAGCUGUCCAGCAUCCAGCAAAGAUUCAGUAGGCUGCACCUGGAAUGACUGUUGUUGAUGGAAGGUAUUGUUUUUCUUUUUUUAAAAAAACAUUUGAACUUAUAAUUAAAAGGAAAACUUGGCAACACUA